UCUACAAUGUGGUGAUGACGGCGGGUGGCUGGUGAUAGCAGUUGGGCUGGUGAGAGCAUACCUGGCUAAGGGGAGCUACCAUAGUCUUUAUUAUUCAAUAGAAAAACCUUUGAAGUUCUUCCAAACAGGAGCCUUACUGGAGAUUUUACAUUGUGCUAUAGGGAUCGUGCCAUCUUCUGUUGUCCUGACUUCUUUCCAGGUGAUGUCAAGAGUUUUCCUAAUAUGGGCAGUGGCACAUAGUGUCAAAGAGGUGCAGAGUGAAGACAGUGUACUUCUGUUUGUUAUUGCCUGGACAAUCACAGAAAUUAUCCGUUACUCCCUUUACACAUUCAGUCUGUUAAACCACUUGCCUUACAUCAUCAAAGGGGCCAGGUACACACUUUUCAUCGUGCUUUACCCAAUGGGAGUGACAGGAGAGCUCCUCACAAUAUACGCGGCCCUGACCUUUGUCCCACAGGCUGGCCUGUACUCCAUCAGCUUACCUAACAAGUACAACUUCUCCUUUGACUGCCAUGCAUUCCUGAUUCUGAUCAUGAUCUCCUACAUUCCACUUUUCCCCCAGUUGCACUUCCACAUGAUACACCAGAGAAGAAAGGUCCUUUCUCACACCGAAGAACACAAGAAGUUUGAGUAGCUCUCCACAGCACCCCAAACCAAACUUUUCAAUGAUCAAAAAAUGCUGCAGCCUUUUUGAGUUCCCAAUAAGAACUAUUUUUAAAAUAUUAAAUA